AUGAACUCCGCCACAUCUGCCUUCAAGCCGGACGCCUCCGGUGUCUCGCCGAAGCAGGCCGGCUAUAUCCCGCACCUGAAGCUCAACGAUGGCAACGAUAUCCCCAUGUUCGCAUAUGGCCUCGGCACGGCCCGCUACAAGGGAACUCCGACCGAGGAGCCGGACCAGGAGAUUGUCAAGUUGACCGUCAUGGCCAUCAAGAACGGGUAUUACCACCUUGACGGCGCUGAAGUCUACGGCAACGAGGAAGAACUCGGCGUCGCCAUCAAGACCGCCGGCGUGCCGCGCGACCAGCUCUACGUGGUCACGAAGCUGAACGGGACCAAGAAGCAGGACGUGCAGCUCGCCUUCCAGACCUCGCUCGACAAGCUCGGCGUGGACUACGUCGACCUGUACCUCGUGCACGCGCCGUUCCUGGCCGACACACCGGAGGAGCUGCAGGAGAUCUGGCGCCAGGUGGAGGCCAUCAAGGAGUCCGGCAGGGCCAAGUCCAUCGGCGUCUCCAACUUCCUGCAGGAGCACCUGGAGGCCAUCCUCAAGACGGCCGCGAUCCCGCCCGCCAUCAACCAGAUCGAGUUCCACCCGUACCUGCAGCACGGCGACCUGGUCGACUUCCACCGCAAGAACAACAUCGCCAUCGCGGCGUACGGGCCCCUGACGGCCGUCACCAGGGCGAAGCCGGGGCCCCUGGACGAGACCUACGCGCAGCUCGCGAAGAAGUACGGCGUCACGGAAGGCGACAUUGCGCUGCGCUGGACGCUGGACCAGGGCAUCGUGACCAUCACCACCAGCGCCAGCGAGCAGCGCCUGCAGGGGUACCUGAAGAAGCUGCCGAGCUUCAAGCUCACGCCCCGGGAGGUCGAGACGAUUGCCGAGCUGGGCAGGCAGAAGCACUACAGGAGUUUCUGGAACGACAGGUUUGCAAAGGACGAUCGUCGAUGA